AUGCCUCUUUCUCCUGCACACCAUUGGAAUCUGGGCAUCGGCCCGAUAUCAUGUCAUGCAUGGAAUCGGGAUCGAACCAUGCUUGCUGUUUCACCUUCAAAUAACGAAAUUCACAUAUUCCAAUGGAAUGAAGGAUGGAAGCCGGUAGAAGUUCUAGCUGAACAUGAUUUACCCAUAACUGGCUUAGAUUGGGCACCAAAAACUAAUAGAAUAGUAUCAUGUGCACAAGAUAAAAAUGCUUUUGUGUGGACCUUUGACGGAGAACGCUGGAAACCAGAACUUGUUGUUUUGCGUAUGCAACGAGCAGCAACUUGCGUAAGGUGGUCUCCUUAUGAAAAUAAAUUUGCCGUUGGUAGUGGAGCUAAACUAGUAUCGGUUUGUUACUAUGAGAAAGAGAAUGAUUGGUGGAUUUGUGAACACAUCAAAAAACCAAUUCGAUCGACCGUUACUUGCAUUGAUUGGCAUCCAAAUAAUGUGUUGCUCGGAGUUGGUGCAUGUGACUUCAAGGCCCGUGUGUUUUCAGCCUAUGUAAAGGAAGUAGAUGAGAAACCGUCACCAAAUCCAUGGGGCACUAAAAUGCCUUUUGGUGCUUUGAUGUGUGAAGUGAAAAGCUCUGGAUGGAUUCACCGUGUUUCCUUUUCACCAUCCGGUUGUAGAAUGUCUUACGUUGCUCAUGAUUCAACCAUUGCAGUCAUUGAUACGAAUCGUUCAUUAGAAGAAGCAGUAAUUAUGCGUACAAUUCAUCUACCUUUCACUUCCCUUCAAUGGGUCACAGAAAACACUCUUAUCGCUGCUGGCCAUGAUUGUUCUCCUAUGCUUUUUAUAUACCUAGACGACCAGCUUAAAUUUGUAACAAAACUUGACAUUCCUUCGGAACCGAAAUCAACCUAUGUAAACAGUGCAAUGCAGAAAUUCCGCAAUAUUGAUCGAAAUGCAGCUGUCGAAGCUGUCGAUGUGCGCUUGAAAACGAUGCAUCAAAAUGCCAUAACGCAAAUUUUACCACAUAGUGGUCGCAACGAUAACAUACAGAAAUUCAGUACCUGUGCAAUUGAUGGUUUAGUCGUACUAUGGGACUUGAGGGUUAGUCUUUGUUGUAUAAGUCUAUUAUAUGUAUUUUCAGCAAGUUUCAUAGUUUAA